CAUUCACCAUUUUGUGAAUGUAGUGGAAAAGGAGAGCGAUAGUUUUUUUGUAUGCCUGUUUGAGUUUCCGCGGAGGGGGGAAAGACAUGUUUUGUGCAGGAAAAGUGAAGUGCGAAGUGUUCAAAGCCGACAGCAGAUGGAUGUUCCUGGGAGUUGCACCACUCUCCCCAUCGGGAAAAUAGGACCGUAAAUCUUUGUGUGGCAUGAAGGGGGAAAUCGCUGUUUGAGAGUACGUUGUGGAAAGCAGAUGAACAGGAAAAGCACAGAAAAAAAGAAAGAAGAGCGCACAAUAAUAAAAAAGAGUGCCUUAAUCACACAAAAGAAGAGCAUCAUAUAAUUUGUAGCACUUUGUGUACAGUGAGCAAGAGAUGGGACCGUUAAAGACCAACAGAAGACGUUCUCCGCCAUUAACAAGAGGCAGAGGGGGGAAAAAAAGAGUUGGUUCUCAGCCCUUAAAAGAGAAAGACUCCAAAAGAGUCAAGAAGGAGACCCUCGUCAGAACCACACAGCACACACCCAGUACUCCUUCCAAGCGAAAAUACACCCCGACACCCACUGAUGCCAACUCAGAUGAUGAACUGAUCACAAACAGCACUGCUAACACUAAGGAGGAGACUACUAAACGGACGAAACCUGUGGUGUCGGACACAAGCGACGGAGGGAAGACAGAGGAAAAGACAGAGAAGGAAAAAAUGGUCGGGACAAAUGGGAACAGUACCCCGGCCACUGAUUCUGUAGUACUGCCUACCUCUGCCCCAGCCCCUCUCUCCAUACCUGCACCCCCACAAGCCAUCAACCACAGCCCCAGUCUAGGCUCAGUUUCCAGUCGGAAGACGGCCACGUUCAAAGCUCGCGUACCCAAGAAAAAAUACAUGUAUGAGCACUUUGCUAACAAUGCAAAUGUCACAGAUAAUGUUCCUACCUCCAGCCCUCAGUUCAUAUCAAACAGUUACUGCAAUAUCAACAGCAAAAACGGUAAUAGUGUGAAUGCUCCAAAUAAUAUGUUUAAGUAUAGUAACAAUAUUACCAACAGCAUUAAUAAAGCCACUAAUGUGAGCAUAAAUAGCAGUACUUCCAGCAACACUACAAGUGGUAUUGCCAGUAUGAUUAGCAGUAGUAACAGUUGUGCUGAGAGCCAUAGUACUUAUGUAAAUACCAUUAAUAGCAGAAGUAAAAAUUGCUCAGGUAAUCAGCCAUCAGUGUUAACAGUAGAAAGUAAACCUACAGAAGCAAACGACUUUGUCUCGAUGAAGGAUGAAACCCUCAGGACGUCACAUUCCAAGGAAAGAGACUCACUGACUGGACAAAAUGAGUCGGAGGGGCCCCCCAACUCAGCGCGCUCCUCGUCUACCGAUACAGCUAGUGAGCACUCCUCUGAUCUGGAUGUGAUGGAGGCAACGGGACCAAAUGCUAAACUCCACGUCGUUGCUCCUUUCCAGAACUCACUCCUGAAAGAGGUCAGUCUUUCGGAGGGUCUAGCUGAAGCUCUGGCUAAAGGCAUGAAGAACCAGAGAGUGCUGGCUCGCCAGAUAAGAAGAAAAAUGGAAAGUGAUAUAAAGACUGCCGGUGGUAAAAAUCCAUGCCUCCAGCCUCCUGUGUUUAGACCAGGGGUGGUGCGUAGGGUGAGUGGAGGUACUGUUGAAGUUCAGCUCCAAGGUGAAGAAACUCUUGUUAAAUACCCCUUUUGUGGUGGGACCAUGGUGACACCCUCUGUAGAGGCUGACAGUGCUGUCGACUUCAUCCUAGAUUCACCCCCGCCCGGCAUUUCCCCCGUGGCUGCAGGGACUCGAGUCUGUGUGCCGUUUGGUGAGGAGAAAAGGAGUCCUCUGGUGUACAGGGAGGGGGUUGUUGUUCAAGUUGACCCCCACCCUGGUGUCUCGUUUCCUUACCAGGUGCUGCUGAACGAAGACAGAGAAACUUUGGGUGGAGAGCUGGUAGGGGACAAAGGGAAAGUAACAGGUCGGGUUGUCUGGGUGUCCCGACAGAGCCUGAGACUACUCAUCCCACCGUGGGAGGUCACCCAGUUAGACAGUGGGAGAGCAAAGGAGAGAGAACUUGAGAGGGAACGGGAGGAGAGGGAGCGUCGGGAGGAGAUGGAGGUAGAAAGAGAAGUCUGCCAGUUGAGUAUUGGGAUGGGGGUGCUGGGAGGGGGAGCACGGUUGGGCCCUGGAUUUUCACAUGAGGGGGCUGCAGGAGGGCACACCACUGGAGCUGUACACCCACCUGACAAUUCCCCCACUGUAAGCUCCAGUGUUGUGGCCAUCACAAGUCAUGGGUGUGAAAGCAGUUUGUCUGGCAGAGAGAGGCAAAAACAGCCUAACACACCAGAGGAAGAUGUUGAGGUAUCUCAUUUCAACAUGGUUCAUUCCACUGGUCCAAAAGCAAGUGCUGGAACCUCCCAGUACCGAAACAUUGUGUCCAAGCCCACUAGUUACACACCUACAUCCACUCACCUCUCAAUGGUGCGGGGUGUAGGGCCACCUCAUCUCUCUACAAUAACCAGUCCUCUGCCAAUCCCUUCUCCUAACUUACUCACCCCUGAAAUAAGCAACACCACUUCAAACCUACCUCCAACCAAGACCACUCCCACCCAGACCCCUACUCCCACCUCUGGUGUGGGCUCCUCACCAGCCUCCUCCCGUUCCAGGACUCCUCUCUCACUGGCCCAGCAGAAAUACAAAAAAGGCGACGUGGUAUGCACUCCCAAUGGCAUCCGUAAAAAGUUCAACGGGAAGCAGUGGAGGAGGCUGUGCUCCAGGGAGGGCUGUAUGAAGGAGUCUCAGCGCCGAGGCUACUGCUCUAGACACUUGUCCAUGAAAACCAAAGAGAUGGAGGCAGCAGGGGGAGAGAAGGGAGGGGGAGGCAGCAGCUCAGGGACGGUGACCCCUUCGGACCUUCGGGGGAGGGCAAGCAGUGAAUUUGAGUGGGACGACACCUCAAGGGAGAGCAGUGAGACCAGCAGCAGAGGAGACUCCAGACCACGAUUGGUCCUCCCUUCCCUCCUCCCUCAUGAACUGUCAUCAAGGUUUGAUUUAGAUGAGUGUGAGGCUGCCACCAUGCUUGUGUCAUUAGGAAGCUCCCGCUCUGGCACUCCCUCCUUCUCUCCCAUCUCCAACCAGUCUCCCUUCUCCCCCGCCCCCUCUCCCUCACCCUCUCCACUGUUCGGUUUCAGGCCGGCCAACUUCUCCCCAAUCACUGCAUCCCCAGUCUUACAACACCGGAGACACCGGCAGCCCAGUGGUGCAGGUGGAGGAGGGGGUGGGGGGAGUAAACCAACAACCCUACCAGGAGGCGGUGAAAGGGAGAGACAUGUUUCGGGGAUCCAGCCCUCCUUCCCCAGUAACCUGACGUUUACAGUCCCCAUGAGCCCCAGCAAGAGAAAAUCAGACGCACCCCCUCCACCACCCCUUCCCUCACAUCAUCACGAUUAUACACCCAAAACAGAGCUUGAGCUGGGAGACCUCAACAACUCCUUCAGAGUGCUUUCGCCCCAAACACCAGCAUCACAUUCCAGCACACAUACACCCACCCUCUCCCAGCUCAAAGGACUGAACACACCUUCCUCUAGCAGGCCCCCAUCCUCUGCCGCUGCCUCUCCUCCUCCCCUGCUAGUGUCCGCAACUCCUCCACCUCUCUCUACUGACGGAGGGCCCCGACGGGUGGUCCCUAUACCCCAUCAGACUUUGCGGGACUCCCCUGUCAUUGUUCGAAAUCCUGAAGUCCCGCUCGCUAAAUUCACCGAGUCUGCCUUGGACAGAGGAGUGGGAGGUAGAAACGAGGCAGCUAUAGAUAACCCCCCUCCUAAAGACAUCGCCCUAACCCCCCUCACUCCUCAACCCGUCACUGGCCUCCAGGUUCCUGUCCCGAUUAAUGCCGCCGCGGCCACAGUGCCCAACGGUACUGUGUUCCUGCGGAGCCCAGCCCAAACUCUGGUACUUGUCUCCCCGACCCCCUCCUCGCUACCAUCCACCGACCAAACCGCCACCCCCCUCCAAGCCCUCUCGGUUACCGUCAGCGCAACCGCGACAGCGUCUGCGCCGACGAGCACGGACAGCUCUGGAGAGCGAGAGGACAACAAGUGCAGCGCGUUUGGCGGGGAGGUCCAGCAGCCGGUUCCCUGUCACCCGUCUCCCACAGCUCUGCUCCCUCUGAUCCUACCAGCAGAAACUCUGCACCCUGCCCCUCGAAAGGACAUCAUCAUGGGACGUCCUGGCACAGUGUGGACCAAUGUAGAACCGCGGUCCGUUCCAGUCUUCCCUUGGCAUUCAUUGGUCCCUUUUCUGGCACCCACCCAGUCAGAUGCUCCGUCUCAUCCUGGUGAGGGUCAGCAUCCUGUCAACCAUCCCCAAGCAACCAGUCUAAAGCCGGAUUGUCAGGGGGUGGCAGCGCUGUCACAAGAACCCGCAGAGGCGCCUCCCACUGUAGAGAGAGGUCCACCGUCCAAGCCUCCGCCUGCGUCCGAGGAGCCUCUUCUGGAGAAGGAGAAGGGAGACGCGGAAAGGGAACGGCCCGACAGUGAAACCGAGAGCGAUGUAGAUGACCCCUUUCUCCCAGGCGUCGUACCAGAGCAGCCUCUCUCCACGUCACCAGUAAAGCGGCGUACUCAGUCCCUCAGUGCGCUGCCCAAAGAUGGAGACAAGAGCAGUCCAGGAAAGAGGGAGAAGGACCACAUCCGGCGACCAAUGAAUGCGUUUAUGAUUUUUAGCAAGCGUCAUCGAGCGUUAGUGCACCAGCGACACCCAAACCAGGACAACAGGACGGUCAGCAAGAUACUUGGGGAGUGGUGGUAUGCCCUGGGACCAAAGGAGAAACAGAAGUACCACGACUUGGCCUUCCAGGUCAAAGAGGCCCACUUUAAAGCACACCCGGACUGGAAAUGGUGCAACAAAGACAGGAAGAAGUCCAGCUCCGAAGGCCGUGGCGUCCUGGGCAGCAAAGAUAUCAGAGAGAGAAGCAUGUCUGAAUCGACAGAGCCCCAUUCUGUGGAGCUGAAGGGUGUGGGUCCAGGUCUGGUGGGUGUAUCAGAGAGGAGCACAGGAGAGGGGCACGCGGGGCAGCUCACCCGGCCCCGAGCCUUUUCUCAAAGUGCCAUGCACAGCCUGGAGCGGGGCGACAGGGGCAACACUCAAGCUCUGGCAGAACUGGCCCAGAUGUGCGGGGACGGUGGUAGCCAGUUUCCCAGCCAUGCUCCUGCACCCUCUCAGACGCAGCGGGGGGUCAGUGAGGAUAUGACCAGCGACGAGGAGCGUAUGGUCAUCUGUGAGGAGGAAGGAGACGAUGAUGUAAUUGAGGACCCUUAUGCCAGCGCCUCCAUAGACCUAAAAUGUAAGGAGCGCGUGACCGACAGCGACAGCGAGAACGGUUCAGGAGAUGAAGGCGAUCGGAAGAGAGUGUUUGCGCCAGUCAUCUGCUCCACUGCGUCGUCGUCUUCCUCGCACCACACCCCUCAUGGCAGGAGUGUCUCACUGUCCUCGUUUCCCAGCACCAGGCAUUACGACGAGGGGCGAUCGGGGGUGGGAGGGUUUUCAGACCACAGAAGAAAGGAGAGAAGCGAUGGAGAGAGCAAAGAUACAUUUGCGAGCGAAGGAAGCAGCAACAUGCAGGCCUCUGCUGUCUCCAUCUCUUCCGUUCAGGCUGUCAAAUCCACUCCUCCAGCUGUAGGUUCACUGGGAGCGACCCAAACUGUGGGCAUCGGCGCUCUGAGGGUAGCCUCCACAGUGGUGACGAACGUAAUGCGUCCUGUUAUCAGCACGCCGCUCCCGAUCGCCAGCAAACCCAGGGACGGCGGCCCUUCGUCGAGCCCGCACCCUCCAGAGAGGAGGUCACUGACUCCCCAGCAGCAGCAGCCUCAAAUCCUGAUUGGUCCAGGGGCAGGAGUUGGGCCUCCGGUCACAGGGGGUGGGUAUUACUCUCCAUCGUCGCCGCAUCCUGUAGGCGCGGGUGGUGUAGUGACUAACUUGGUGUUGGGAGGGACUCUGCCUGCUCAGUCUGCCGUGCAGCUCAUCACCCCUUCCCCUCACCCUCAGUCGUCCCAUCAGCAGGCCCUGGCCUCCACAGCUGUUUCAGGUUCACACAGCCACACCAACGGCCCCCUGCCCCUCCUUCAGCCCCAGUUCCUCCCCGGCUCCUCUCUGGCGCCCCCCGGGGGAAAGGCCAUCACACAGGUCCAGUACAUCCUGCCCACCCUGCCUGCCAGCACCAACCCCAAGAGCCCGCCUCAGAAUCUCAGCCAGCCGACCAGCAUCUUCAACCUGCCCACAGCUCCGCCCACGCACGUGUCCUUAGCCAAUGGGAAGCAGCAGGGUGCCGGCUUACAGGCAGGAUACGCCCCCAGCCCUGCAGUGGGCGUGGUCAGCCCUGGAACAAGAGUCCAAACCCAGUCGCCGGUGCUGCAGGGUAAAAUGAUUGUUCCCAUGGCAGCGGUACGGACCGCCCAAGCCCCCGCCCAGCAGUUUCCCAUUUUGGCUCCGCCCCUUCCUGUCCAGAACGGCGCGCAGGCGGGAAGCAAGAUCAUUCAGAUUGCCCCCAUGCCGGUGGUCCAGUCCCAGCUGCCUCAGGGUGGAGCGGUGCAUCCUGGCAGCCCGUUCCCAGUGACAGUAGGGACAGCGGCUGUGGUGGCACCGGGAUCGGCGCCAUCCCAGACUGUACUUCUGCCGCCGGCACCUACGAGGAUCACCUAUGUCCAGUCCACCCCGGGGGUCCCGUCCACUUUGCCUCUGGUCUCCACAACAACCGGCUCCUCUCCCACCCAGCAAACUCUGCCGGCGCCCGGAUCUGCGUAUGUCCCCUCGCCCUUAGCGACACUCGGGUUCACAGCCAUCGCUCCGCCCGGACAGACCCUGGUUCAGCCACUGAUUGCAGGUCAGCCGCCACUCCUCGCCACGGCUCAGUCCCCGCAGCCCUCCACCUCAGCCCCCGCCUCCGGGGGCCAGAUCGUCACCGCCAUUUACCCUCCGUCGCCAAGCGUCACCAUGGCAACAGGGGUGGUGUCUAUGGCACCGGUGCCCCCCAGCGUGGUCUACUCCGUCUCUAGCCCUUCGAGCGCUUCGCCGCACAUCUUGCCGAAGCACGCCGCCGCCGCCGCCUCGCACCUACAUCCGCAGCCCCACCCGGACCGGCAGGCGGACCGGGCCGCCGAGCGACAGGGCGACAGGCAGGGCGACAUGCUGGCCCACUCAGACAGACAGGCGGAGCGGCAGAACGCCGCCUCCAACAGCAGCGGCGGCUCCGCAGCGCCGCCUAGUGGCUCGGCCGGGGCCAUGAGGCCCUGCAGUCCCCCGAUCCAGAUCCAAGCGCCUGGCAGCGCGCCCAAACUACCCCAGCUUCCAGUCCGGCUCCCCCAGAAGGUGAAAGCAACGGUGGCGACGAUCCCUGUUGGCAGCUACGACGGAGGAGGCAGAGGAAAGGACAGGGAGCGAGACAAGGAGCGGGAGAGGGAGGCCGCAGCCAACAGCCAUUUCUCCUUUGAGCCCGAGCCUUCGGGGCACGCCGGAUCUCCGUCAACACGUCCCGCCGAGGACCUGCCGUCCUCCGACAGACCCCUGGAGGGCUCCGGCGCUCCGGACUCCUCCGACACGAGGAGCAGGGAAAGCACAACGACCAAAGAGGGUGGGUGGAAGGACGCUCUCCCUCCCUCCCCUCUCCCCCCUCCAGCAGCCACAGAGCCCACUCUGCCUCCCCCACAGACUGACAAAGACGGCCCUACACCCAAAAAGAUCAAAGCCCGCCCACCACCACUAAAGAAGACCUUCGACUCCGUCGACAAGGUUCUGUCUGAGGUAUACUUCGAGGAGCGGUUUGCCGAGUUGCCGGAGUUUCGGCCCGAGGAGGUUCUGCCCUCGCCGACCCUGCAGAGCCUGGCCACGUCUCCCCGCGCCAUUCUGGGCAGCUAUCGCCGCAAGAGGAAGAACUCCACAGAUUUGGACUCUGCGACCGACGAACAAGCCUCUCCAAAGAGGAAGAGUCGGCGGCGGUCCAGCUGCAGCUCCGAACCCAACACGCCUAAAAGUGCCGCCAAAUGUGAAGGAGACAUCUUCACCUUUGACAGAGCAGCCACCGACGGAGAGGACAUCCUGGCAGAGCUGGAGUUUGAGAAGGUGCCGUACUCGUCCCUGCGACGGACGCUCGACCAGCGGAGGGCGCUGGUCAUGCAGCUGUUCCAGGAGCAGGGCUUCUUUCCGUCAGCUCAGGCCACGGCGGCCUUCCAGACCAGAUACUCGGACAUUUUCCCCUCCAAGGUGUGCCUGCAGCUGAAGAUCAGGGAAGUCCGGCAGAAGAUCAUGCAGACAGCGGCGCCGUCCGACGCCUCCGCUUUGGGCCCCGGGGCCGACUCGGCUGCGUCGGCCCCGGGGCCGUCGGGCUCCCAGCCGGGGGACGGAUCCGGGAGAGGAGGCGGAGACCUGCAGGAUGAAGAGGGGGAAGAGGGAGCCGACGUGAGUCCAGAGGAGCUUCGCGAGUCGCAGGAAUCCUCUAGAUGAGCGAUUCGGACGAGUCCGACUGAGCGGUCAGCAACUUCUCAUCAUCUCACAUUCUUCCGCCCCCUUACUUAUCUACAUCCAACACUUAGGACUGACAGCUUUUGGGUUGCAGUAUUUUAUUAUUUUUUUUCUUAAUGUGUGACCCUCGCACUAAGAAGAUGAACAUUUUAAAAA